AUGAAGCUCAUCAUCACCUUCCUGGUGCUCUACCUGUCCCUGCUCAGCAACUAUGGUGACACCUUCUUUGUGGACUCGGUGGUCAAGCCUAUAGCCCAACCUGUAGCUGCCUUAGCCCCUGCUGUGGAAGCUGUGGCUGGGGCUGUGCCCAAACCCCCUCUCACCUACUUCAACCCCCUGAAGAUCAUGCUGGCCAGCCUGGGCAUCCCAGUGGAGCACCUCAUUGAAGGUUCCAGGAAGUGUGUCACUGAGCUGGGCCCCGAGGCCGUGGGGGCUGUGAAGACACUGCUGGGGGCCCUGACUUUCUUUGGUUGAGCCAAGGCAGGAGUAACCCUGCCUGAGGACAAGAAGCUGUCCACCUAGAAGGGCAAGAAAUCCUGCUGCUGGUCCUGAAUGGUCACAUCCUUCCUCUACCUUUCUUAAUAAACUUGGC